GGUUGCCGGCGUGUCUGCAGCGCUGCGAGAGCUGCCUAAGCCGCGGUUCCGAGCGCUGCUAGGAGCUCGCCUUGCAAGACCGCGCUCGCCUCUUGCAUCGCCGGGUCUUUUUUUUAAUUAUUAUUAUUUUGCCGUCGCCCCUUCAUUUCCGUUCCCUGGAUCCUCCCGUUCCCCCUUUUGGUUUUUCCUAUGACACUUUCUCUCGUCUCCCCGGCUUAGGGAAAGGGCUCUAUUUUUAGCCGGGGGCAGCUCGUUCUAUUUUUAGAUCAAACAAUUCCAAGGCGUGCGUCAAUGGAACCCCGCGUGCGUCACCCGCGCAGACAUUCCAACCCCUCCCCUCGCUCCGCGGGCGCCGGAACAUUCCGCCCCUUUUUGCCUUGUAUGGUGAAGCCUGCAGCCCGGCGCGUGCGUCAGAGGAUCCCCCCUCCUUCCCUGCCCACCCCUCCGCCUGUGCGUCACAGAGAGCUUAAGAGAAUCUCCUGGCCACGGGCUGGUGAGCCCCAGUGGCUUACUCGGCGUCUAGACGGCGUGCAGAUCUCUCUCUCGCGCGCAUCUCUGGGCUGCCGCGGACCAGGAGGAAGGCAAUCGCUGCCGCCAAGCCCUCGAUGCAAGCUUGACUUUUUUAUUUUAUUUUUUUGGAGGCGGGGAAGGCUCCCGCACCACCAAAAAGAACCCAUUUCGAAAAGAAAACCCAAAAGUGGAAGGAACUGCAGCAAAACGAUCUCUGAGCUGACUUGGAGAUGCCCUGUAUCCAAACCCAAUAUGGGACCUUGCUUCAGAGCGGAGGCCCCUGUGAGCGCUACCCAGUGGACCUCUUGACCCCCGAGCUUGGCAAACCCACCAUGGACCUGGUUAACACAGAGAUCACUGCCGCCGCCACCUCUCUGCCCAGCUUCAGCACCUUCAUGGACAAUUACACCGGCGAAUUCGACGCUUUCCUCUACCAGAUCCCAGCCGCCAACCCCACGGCCGCCUCCUUCAAGCUGGAGGAUUUCCAAGUGUACGGCUGCUACCCCGGCUCCUUCAGCAGCCAGCUGGACGAGACGAUGUCCUCCAGCGGCUCGGACUAUUACGGCAGCCCCUGCUCCGUCCCUUCCCCUUCCACGCCAAGCUACCAGACUUCGCAGGCGCCAUCUUGGGAGAACUCCUUUGGGGCCUAUUCCCCCACGCACGCCUACGAGGGCAUGAGGCCUUGGGCAUCGGCGGCAACGGAGCCUCCCAAAAGUAGUUCCGCCCAGCCCUCCUACUUCUCCUUCGGCCCCUCGGCUCACAGCCCCGGGGUCCCUCCGCAGAGCCCCCUGAAGAUGCAGCCGCCCACCCACCAACACUUGGUGGACGGAGACGUCUUCUCUCUUCCACAACCUUCCUCGUCGGUCAGCUUUUCCCCUUUGCCGCUCAGCCAGGCCUCGCCAGUCCUGGACGGCUCCAGCUUAAUGGACAGUUCGCUCUCGCCAAGCAAGGCGCGCAGCCCAGGGUCCAACGAGGGGCGCUGUGCCGUGUGCGGAGACAACGCCUCGUGCCAACACUAUGGUGUCCGGACCUGCGAAGGCUGCAAGGGGUUUUUCAAGCGCACUGUACAGAAGAACGCCAAAUACAUCUGCUUAGCCAAUAAAGACUGCCCUGUGGACAAGCGGAGGAGAAACCGGUGCCAGUUUUGUCGUUUCCAGAAGUGCCUUGCUGUGGGAAUGGUCAAAGAAGUGGUGCGGACGGACAGCUUGAAAGGCCGGCGUGGUCGUUUGCCCUCCAAACCCAAGCAAACUCAAGACACCUCUCCAGUCAGCCUCAUCUCCUCUCUUGUGAGAGCGCACAUAGAUUCCAUACCCAGCGCAACAAAGCUUGAUUAUUCCAAGUUCCAGGAAUCUGUCUCCUACCAGUUUGAGAAGGAGGACUGUGUCGACGUCCAGCAGUUCUACGACCUGUUGACAGGCUCGAUGGACGUCAUCCGGAAAUGGGCGGAGAAGAUCCAGGGCUUCCUAGAGCUUCCGAAAGAGGAUCAAGACCUGCUUCUGGAAUCUGCUUUUUUGGAGCUCUUCAUUCUCCGGCUAGCGUACAGGUCCAAGCCAGAAGAAGGCAAACUGAUAUUCUGCAACGGGGUGGUGCUCCAUCGGAUGCAGUGUGUCCGAGGCUUUGGAGAGUGGAUCGACUCCAUCAUCGAGUUCUCCCAGAGCCUCCACCGCAUGAACAUCGAUGUGCCCUCCUUCUCCUGCCUCGCGGCACUUGUCAUCAUCACAGACCGCCAUGGGUUAAAAGAGCCAAAGAAGGUUGAAGACCUCCAGAACCGCAUUGUCAGCUGCCUUAAAGACCACGUGACUUCCACCACCAACGAGCAGCUCCACCCGAACUGCCUCUCCAAGCUGCUGGGCAAACUCCCCGAACUCCGCACCCUGUGCACUCAAGGGCUCCAGCGCAUCUUCUACCUGAAGCUCGAGGACCUGGUCCCCCCGCCGCCCAUUGUGGACAAAAUAUUCAUGGACACGCUGCCUUUCUGAGGACUCCGAAGGAAGGAAGGAAGGAAGUUGCCGUGAAUCACUGGUUCUUCCUGUUUGGGGGGGGGGGAGGGUGGCUUUAUAUAUAUAUAUUUGGGGGUGGUGGCUGAUGGACAGAAACUGGCAGAGGGGAUUUCCUUGCCACCCCAUCACCUGGAGGGGAGUUUGCAGGGACAUUUUUCUCCCCCCGUGACAUUACAGAGGAUGUUUAAAAUUUUGAAGCCUAGUGGUCGGAAGAUGAAGGCCACGAGCGUUAUCGUGUCUCCACACCCCCCUUUCUCCUUUUGUCCACCCUUUUUGAUCUUGGAGUUUAGUGGGACAUUGCUCUCCUUCUCUCUUCCUCCUCUUCCUCUCUCUGAACUUCGGACAACUUUUUUUGGAGUUUGUGUUUUUUUUAACCUUGUGGGGGGGGGGAGGGAAUAUCCCGGUGUGCCUUCUAGGGUUACAUGCACAAUAUCCCUAAAUAAUGCUGCCUUUCCCAUGUAACUUGCCAACGGCUCCACACGUGCAAUGCGAUGCCUAAAUUCCAUACAGUUGCACAGAUCAGCUUUGUGUAAUACAUGUGGAAUAUGUUGGUGUUUUGUGUUUUUUGUCGUUUUUUUAAUAGUCAAAGGCUGGUUAGGGAUUUAAAAAAAA